AAAGAUUUAAAGAAACCUUGCAAUAUUUUGUUUGAAUUUCGACUUUUAUUUUCUGUAUUUAAAUAAAAAGAGUAAUGCGAGAAAAAUUAGCUGUGAAAAAAAUAGCUGUGAUUAAUGGUGCGAUAAAGAAAUAAAACAUUAUGUCAAGUAGUGUGUGUGUUUGCAUUGCAAUAAGUUACAAUUACCGAAUGAAUUGCAUACAUUAAUUGACAAAAUAUCUAAUCAAUUUUUACUUUGCUGCUAGCAUUAAAUCCGUUAUCGAAUUUAUAUUUGAAAGAAAAUAUAUGAUCAUCUUAUUUUUUUCUGGAUCUGUGGUAAAUCUGUCAUAGCUUUGACAUGAACAAUUUUUACUCAACUAUGUAUGUACAUAAAAAUCGAUCGUAUUGCAGUUCUGUACCUUCUGCUUGAACAUGUAAUGCGCCAUGAAUGUAGCCGGAAAUGUCGGAAGUGUCGAAACUAUAAACUUAGUGUUACUUUAUAUAAAAUUAUUACAACGAUUUAUUUCUAAUCAUAUAUUAAAUCAACAGUGUUUAAACUUAUAACCUAGCAGUGAAAUCUAUAUAUUAAUUAUAUUUUUAUUCACAAUGUAAUAUCGUCUGUUACAAAACCAUUUAAAUAUUGUAAAAACACUUGAGUGUCGAUGUAACUAAACAAUAAAGUAUUCAUGACUUCAGCAGAACAUUUUAUCAGUUUAAUUACAGUAGCAAGUGCUAAGAAAUUAGCUACUGCGCUUGUAUUAUGCUUUAUAUUGUACCAUGGAUUAAUGCACCUUAUUUAUGGUAGUGAUUCGUGUAAGUGGUUAUUAACUGAAGGAAGAUAUAAAGGUGAUAAAGAAUGGCAGCCUUAUGGUUGUAUGAUGCAUUAUUAUACGCAAACGGACAGUCGAAGGUGUAUGAGAUAUCUAGCUUUCAUGGGCCACCAUAAUCAUUUUGUAUUCACCGGAGACGCUAGAAUCAGACAGUUGUAUAAAUCUUUUAUAUCACAAUUUAUAGUAGAUGGAAAAGCAUCUGACUUAACAGAUUUGCCACCAAAUUCUGAUCUAAAUUUCAAUGAUGCCCAGCUUAGGCUAAAUGUACAAUUCUUGUGGAGACCCCGAUUAGAUAAUUCCAUGAUAGAGGAUCUCAGAGGCUGGGUGAAAACUGAUGCACCUAGUCUAAUUAUUGCAGGCAACGCAGCAAUGACAAUUCUUGCAAACAAUAAUAGUGACACUCAAUUAAAUUCUGAAUAUAGCAUGGGAUUAGUCAGACUUGUGCAACCAGUAGAUUUUAUGGCUAAAAAAAACACACGAUUUUUAUGGGUAUUACAAGAUCCUGUAUUAAAAGAAAGACUACCAGCUGAUUUAGCAGGCAUAGAUAACAAGCAAAUUAAUUUGUGUAAUAAGGCAGCAUUAAAGAUACUAUCCCAUAGUGAUGCACAUAUAUGGGAAAGCAGUAAACUUGUUGGUACAGGAGUAUUGGAACAAAGUCCAGAUGGUUACUUGGCUAGUCCUCUGUCCUUAAGACACAAAGUUCAAAUACUAUUAAAUACUUAUUGUAAUGAUCACAUGAAUUUCGAUGACGGUAGCUGUUGUAGUUAUGCAGAACCUGCAACUACAUUGCAAUUAUUAAGUUUAUCUGGUCUGGCUUUAUGUAUAAUAAUUGGUGGUGGAAUGUGGUUAUACAGAAAGUUUUGUCAAUAUAGAACUGAGGUAUCUUAUUUACGUGUGACUACUUCCGAAAUAGAAGAUACCGAGGAAGCAAAUACUUCUGAAGUUGUACAGAUUGAACCACCCGAAGUACAAGAUUUUCAUACUUUGAUGACAGCUUUGGCUGUUCUAUCCAUUAUUUUAGCUUAUUUUUACUUAUGUGAUAGAACCAAUUUCUUCAUGAAAGAAAAUAAAUACUACAGCGAAUUUAGUUUUUGGUUACCGCUUGGUUAUAUACUGGCUCUUGGAUUAUUUUUCACUGAAGACAGAGAAAGAGGGCCAAGGACCUUAAACCGAGAACAAACAGACGAAUGGAGAGGAUUAAUGCAAGCUGUAGUUUUAAUAUACCACGUUACUGGAGCUAAAAACGUUUUACCUAUUUAUAUGUACUUGAGAUUAAUAAACUCUGCGUAUUUAUUUCUUUCUGGAUAUGGACAUUUUUGUUACUUCUGGCAGACCGGUGAUGUCUCUCUAGUUAGAUUUGCUAGGGUAAUGUUCAGACUGAAUUUUUUAACAGUUUCUUUGUGUCUUUGUAUGAAUAGACCAUACCAGUUUUAUCAUUUUGUUCCAUUGGUUUCAUUUUGGUUUUUAGUCAUCUAUAUUUUGGCAUGGCUACCACCAAGAAUAUAUUCUGGUAGCCUUACUGAAUAUGGUCCAAGAGCUUUACUCUAUCUUGCUUUGAAACUUUUAGGUCUUGUAUCAAUGAUUACUAUACUUUAUGUCUCAGAGGUGUUCUUUGAAAAAGUUUUUGUAACAAGACCUUGGAAAGCACUAUUUGUAACAACCGAUGAUGAUAUACGUGAAUGGUGGUCACGUUGGAGAGUAGACAGAUACAGUGUGGCAUGGGGUGUAACUUUUGGAGCUGGUCUUGUUGCUUUGCAAAGGAUAGAUCACAUUCCUGGAACUGCAUUGUCUUCUGUACUGGCAUUAAUUUCUCUGACUGCUUACACGACUUUCACUAUACUGUGUCAUUCGGUAUCAGAAUGCGAAGAAAUUCAUUCAUAUGUGGCAUUUAUACCGAUUAUAGGAUAUAUAGCACUUAGAAACGCAUCAUUAGCAUUACGUGGUAAACAUUCAGCUCUCUUAGCUGGGUUAGGACGAAUCAGUUUAGAAACUCUAGUCGCACAAGGCCACAUAUGGCUAGCAGCAGAUUCGCAUGGUGUGUUAGUGUUAUUGCCAAGAUUUCCAGUAUUAAAUUUAUUAGUCACAUCUUUUAUCUUUAUAUGUGCAAGUCAUGAAAUACAUCGAUUAACUCGGAUUCUGGCCCCAUAUGCAGUACCCAAUGAUUGGAGACUGGUUGCGCGUAACUUGUUAUUAUUUAUUGCAGUUCUUGUACCAAUAGGUAUUCAUGAUGGAAUGUUCUGAAUGCAACAUUUUUACAAAAAUUUUUUGCAUAAUAUAUGUACAUAUUAUAUACAAUAAGCACAUAA